GUUCACAACAAGAAUCAAGAUUUUGGUGACUGGCAAGUUCCAGUCGGGGCCUAUUGCUCUUACGAAUUGACUAUCGCAGAUUGUUGAAACACGAUAUUCCAACCAAUUUGUCCGUGAUCUGAACCUUGAAAGUCAUCAAUCCCAAAAGGAGUAUCUACUCAACCAUGGACGCAUACACAUAUGAUGAGCUUCCUGCAGACUGUUUCCGCUACCUCAUUCUCCUGCCUGGUGCCAACAGCGACCCGCUCAGAUGCAGCCUCCAUACUUCGAACAUCAACGAGGCUCGCUAUGAAUCGCUCUCAUAUGUCUGGGGGACUGAUGUGCGAGACCAUGAAAUCAUGUGCGAUAACAGCAUCUUGAAAAUCACCUCCAAUCUUCACCAAGUGCUUCAGCGAGUAAGGCUGACAGAUGCCCCACGGAACAUCUGGGCGGACUCGAUUUGCAUCAACCAGGAGGAUUUGCAGGAGAAGAGCCGCCAAGUUACCAUCAUGGGACAGAUUUAUUGUAACGCAGAACGUGUUAUGAUCUGCAUGGGAGCUGACAGGGAGGAGCAUGGCCCUAAUGUGCUUGCAUUGCUUCAAGACAUUCGCGAGAUGAUCAACGCCGGACUCGUUCAUGCGACCGAGGGCUCCAAGCAAAAAUCAUUGGUUUUCCGUAAUCGUGAAUCAGCCAUGUGGAAUACAUUCCCAUAUUCAGACUCGAAAGCUCCCCUUCUGAAUGACUCUCGGUGGGCUUCUAUUAAUGCUCUCGUUGAGCAAGAGUGGUUUCACCGAGGUUGGGUAGUUCGAGAAGCAGGUCUUGCGCGACAAGCGCUCGUGUUAUGGGGACAGACUGAGUUCCUCUGGAAUGACUUGAUGCAGGCCCUUGUCUGGAGGCAUCGAAGAGCUGUAACGAGUAUCACAAUCCAGGCAGAAGACCGCUUCAGAUCUCAUCUCGAAGCGUACGAGGCUCUUCAUAAAGACGCAAUACGUAUCUUCUAUCAUAAAAGCAGUUGGAAAGCAUGUUCACUCCUGAACUAUCUCCACUUCGCCAGGGCUCUGCGCUUGAAAGACCCUCGGGAUCGGAUAUACGCAUUUCUUGAUCUUGCAGAAGACUCGGUGCGCGAACUCUGCAUUAUACCGAACUACGCAGAUCCGCCAAUGAAAGUCUACCGGGAUUUUGCGAUUCAAUACGUAUAUACGACAGGGAAGGUGGACAUCUUACAUUAUGUCAAGCACGACGACAGCUUGUCGGAGUCGACACUGAUGAGCUGGGUACCAGACUGGAGCAAAGAGGAGAAAGAUGUCACAGGUUUCGUGGCGGCAGACGAAAACAAUCCUCCUUUGCUGUCACGUACGAAGCAGACGUCCAAUCCGAAAUUGCUCAAUGGCACUACCCUCGAAGUCGAUGGAGUCAUUCUUGGCUCCGUGCAAUGGACUUCCAACGUCUUGCAGAGCAAAACGACAACAUUGGUAGUGUUGUUCGAAUUGUGGACAGCGGUGUACAAGUCAAUCUCUGAAUCGCCCUAUCCGACCACGCAUCUACUUGAACAACUUUUUGACACGCUAGCAGCUUUGAGCUUUGUCGGCGAGAUCCAUGCGUGGUAUACUUUCCGUAAGAAAUAUAUCAACAUCUUCACAGUCCUUCACACCCAGAUGCAGGAGACGGGCAAGAUCGAGGUAGACGCCGACGAGGUCGCCACGCUCGAGUCCACUACCUUCCAUGGCUUCAUUUCAUCAGCAACAAGUGGCAAGAGAGUCAUUGUCACCGAACGUGGAUAUAUAGGCAUUCGCGCGCAGAUUUCGAGGGAUAUCAACGAAGACAAAACUAUCCCAUAUCAGGUUUCGGGCUAAACGGAUCAAGCUAAUGAUUUUACCCCACUCGUGGUCAUCCCUAUCUGCGUUGCGCUAUACAAGAAACCGUAUCCUGACUACACCAUGCAAGCUUUGACAUGUAAUGGGUCAGAUGAAUCAUACCAGUACGACACAAUACCCCCAGGAGAGUUUUUUCGCUACCUCUUGCUUCAGCCUGGCUCCGGCACCGAACCACUAAAGUGUAGUCUCCACACCACACUCGUGGCAGACACAGACUAUGAGGCUAUAUCAUAUGUAUGGGGG